AUGGAGACUGGAAAGGAUGAAGCUUCUCAGGCCAAGGGAGCAGCAGCCUCUAUGGACACCCAGGACCAACGGGCAGAGAAAGGAGCCAAGAACAAUGCAGCUGAGAUGACAGAAGAGCCAGUGUCAGAGCCACCCUCAUCUGGCCCAGGUAGGCUGAAGAAAACUGCCAUGAAACUUUUUGGUGGCAGGAAGGGUAUCUGUACCCUGCCUAGUUUCUUUGGAGGGGGGCGAAGCAAAGGUUCUGGGAAAGGCAUCUCCAAGAAGGGUCUUAGCAAGAGCAAGACCCACGAUGGCCUGACUGAAGCAGCCCAUGGCCCUGAAGACAGUGUCAGUGAAGGAACCAGAUUUGCCUUACCUUUGCCUGAAUCACCUUGCCAACUUCCCAGUUCUCAGAGUGCCCAUGGGGUUUUGGAGACAGGCUCCAAAAGCAAAACAUCUGUGGCUGGAGCGACAGACAAAGCUGGGGCUGAGAAGGUUCCCUCUGUGCCCAAGCCAAAGAAAGGCCUGAAAGGUUUUUUCAGCAGUAUCCGCCGUCACCGGAAAAGCAAGGUCUCUGGGGCUGAACAAAAUAAGCUAGGGGCCAAGGGGUCUGAAGGGGCCAGAGCCAGGCCUCAUGAAUGUGUAAGCUCAGCCCUUCUGCCCUGUGCUGAGGAUAUCCUCCAAGCUCACAGAAAGGAAAAUGCCAAAACCCAAGAUACCCCUGGGUCAAAAGUUUCUUUAGUACCAGAGUCUUCUCCAGCAGUCACUGAGAAGACAGCCUGUAAAGAUACAGAAAAACCCAUGGAGGGCUGUGCCUCAGCACUUCUGCAGUCCAAGUCUGCCUCUGAAGCCAGUGGCCCAGAGGAGCCCCACAGUCCAAAAACAGGGGAGAGAUUGGUAGCAGAAGAGGUAAAUCCACCAAAUGGCCCUGUUGGGGACCAGCUGAGCCUCCUGUUUGGGGAUGUCACAUCCCUGAAAAGUUUUGACUCACUGACAGGUUGUGGUGACAUCAUAGCAGAGCAGGACAUGGACAGUAUGACAGAUAGCAUGGCCUCUGGAGGCCAGAGGGCAAAUCGAGAUGGGACCAAGAGAAGUUCCUGCCUGGUGACCUACCAAGGAGGUGGGGAGGAGAUGGCCUUGCCAGAUGAUGAUGAUGAGGAAGAAGAGGAGGAUGAGGAGGUAGAAUUAGAGGAAGAAGAAGAGGAUGUCAAGGAGGAAGAAGAUUAUGACUUAGAGUAUCUGUGGGCAAGUGCCCAGAUGUACCCAAGACCUAAUCUGCAUUUAGGCUACCAUCCCAUCACAUCUCCAGGAGAGCAUGGCUACAUGCUCCUUGACUCAGUUCGAUCUUAUCCUGGCUUAGCCCCUGGGGACCUUUUGACUCCUCAGAGUGACCAGCAAGAGUCUGCCCCCAAUAGUGAUGAGGGUUAUUAUGACUCCACAACACCUGGAUUUGAGGGUGAUUCAGGUGAGACCUUAGGGCUUGUCCGCAGGGAUUGCCUGCCCCGAGAUAGCUACAGUGGAGAUGCCCUGUAUGAGUUCUAUGAGCCAGAUGAUAGUCUUGAGGCCUCCCCACCUCUGGAUGACUGUCUUUAUGACCUCCAUGGUCGCAGCUCUGAAAAAUUUGACCCCUUCUUGAACUUUGAGCCCUUUUCUUCCUCUCGGCCACCUGGGGCAAUGGAGACAGAAGAAGAACGGCUAGUGACCAUCCAGAAACAGUUGUUAUAUUGGGAGCUUCGGCGAGAGCAGCUCGAGGUCCAAGAGGCUCAGGAGGCACGUGCCCGAGAGGCUCACACCAGGGAGUUUUAUACCCAAGAAACUCAUGCCAGGGAGACCCAUGCCCGAGAAGCUCAUGUCAAAGAGGCCCAAGCCCGAGAGGCCUAUGCCAGGGAGACCUGUGCUAGGGAAGCACAUGCCCGAGAGGCCCAUGCUCGAGAGGCUCAAGUCCGGGAGGUUCAGGCCUGGCAAGAGAAGCCCAUCAUGGAAUAUCAGAUGAGGCCCUUAGGCCCAUCAGUGAUGGGCCUAGUGGCAGGGACAUCAGGGGCCUCUCAGACUUCCCACCGGGGAACCACCUCAGCUUUCCCUACCACUGCAGGCAGUGAGCCAGACUGGAGGGACUUCCGUCCUCUAGAGAAACGUUUUGAGGGAAUCUGCUCCAAGAAAGAUCAAAGUACCUGUCUAAUGCAGCUCUUCCAAAGUGAUGCUAUGUUUGAGCCAGACAUGAAAGAAGCAAAUUUUGGAGGAUCUCCCAGGAAGGCUUACCCUACUUAUUCACCCCCUGAGGAGCCAGAGGAAGAAGAGGUUGAGAAGGAAGGGAAUGCCACUGUGAGUUUCUCACAGGCCCUUGUGGAGUUCACCAGCAGUGGAAACCUCUUCUCCAGCAUGUCCUGCAGCUCUGACUCUGACUCAUCCUUCACUCAAAACCUCCCUGAGCUACCCCCUAUGGUGACCUUUGACAUUGCUGAUGUGGAACGGGAUGGGGAAGGCAAGUGUGAAGAGAAUCCUGAGUUCCAGAAUGAUGAAGACCUUGCAGCCUCCUUGGAAGCUUUUGAGGUGGGCUACUACCAGAAACACACAUUCACCAACUACCACAGCCGAUUCUACCAAGGUCUGCCCUGGGGUGUGAGCAGUCUCCCUCGGUACUUGGGACUGCCUGGCAUGCACCCUCGACCUCCACCUGCUGCCAUGGCCCUCAACAGGAGAAGCCGCUCUCUGGACACUGCGGAGACCCUGGAGCUGGAGCUCUCAAAUUCCCACCUGGCCCAGGGAUACACGGUGUCUGAUGAGCUUCAGUUUCAGCAGCAAGAUUCAAAUGAAGAAGAAGAAGAAGGAGGAGGAGGAGGAGGAGGAGAAUGGGGACGAGACAGUCCUUUGUCCCUUUAUACUGAACCACCAGCGGCCUACGACUGGCUUGCCUGGGCUCCCUGUCCUCUCCCAAUGGGGCCAGGCCCUGCCUGGAUAAGUCCCAGCCAAUUGGAUGAGUCUUCCGGCCCUUCUCCAUAUGGGCAGACAAUCUGUUGCAUACCUCCUGUGGCCAUGUCAAUGUUGCUCUCAGUAUCAGGGCCAGAGCUAAGGGUACCUGGGAUAUCCAGGCCUCAGUUAGCUCGGCCUUCACACCUACCCCUUCCCAUGGUCCCUUGUUAUAACCUGCAGCCACAGGCCUCCCAGAAUAUGAGAGCCAGCCCUCAAGAUAUGCUGUUGCCUAUUGAUGAGCCCAGUCGCUCCUCCAGUUCUGGAGGCUUCAACCCCAGCCCUCUGUCCCAGGCCAAGCCUGUGGGCAUCACUCAUGGCAUCCCUCAGCUGUCCAGGGUCCAGCCUGAGCCCCAACAGCCUCAACCCAUUCACUACAGGGCUUCCAGCCUUGACCUGUCAAAGGAGAGGGCUGAGCAAGGUGCCUAUCUCCCCACCAGCUACUCCUCCACUGCUGUGAAUGGAAACCUAGCUGAGUAG